GCAUCACCGAAAUAACCGCCGUAGCGGGCACCAGCGUUGAGAUUCCCUGCAACACGUCCAUCUGGGAGGAGAACGAGGUCUCACUGGUGCUCUGGUUCAGAGGCGACACCGGCGUGCCCAUCUACCGGGUGGACGCACGCAGCGACACGCUGAGCAAGGCGAAGCACACCUCCGCCGAUGAACUUCGAAAGCGCUUCCACUUUGACAUCUCCCUGAAGCUGCCCGUGCUGCGCAUCAGUCCGGUGCUGCCAUCUGACGCGGCGGAGUACCGCUGUCGGGUGGACUUUCGCCAGUCACGAACGCAGAACGUCCUCGUGGCGUUGAACGUCACCGUGCCUCCCAAGGAGCUGCUCAUCAUGGACGUCGAGGGGCAGAAGCUGGAGGGCGUCAUUGGCCCCUACGAUGAGAACUCCAACGUGCUGCUGAUCUGCGAAGCGGAAGGAGGCAAGCCGUCUCCUGAAGUGAACUGGUACAGCGGCUCUCGUCUGCUCGACUCCAGCUACACCGUCGGUCCGCACGGUCUGGUGCGCAACGAGCUCAACAUUCGCGCCCUCAACCGUUCGGACUUUAUGUCCAUUCUGACGUGUCGUGCCUGGAACAACAACGUGACCGAGCCGAUCAGCUCUACGGUCAUACUCGAUAUGAAUU